CGCCGAGUCGUUCUGGAAGUUUGUGACACUCUCGCUGUAAAUCACGCACCGUCGGGGAAACGGACUGCGGUUCAGCUGCACGAAAAGCGCUGGCGCCAACGGGAGAUAUUGCACAGCACUCGUGAACAAACGAGGAGACAUAAUAGUAGGCCAUCCGAACGAAACUCCACCCCGGGAUCGUAACUUGAGCGACAUUAAGCAUGGGGGCUUUGCUCUCACUUCUUCGGGGUGGUGGCCCGACGGAUGAGCCGCCGAUCGAUAUACCAGUGGACCUCGCAGGGGCCCAGCCAACGGCGGAAGAAGCAGACAUAUACCACUACAUAAUACAAAUUAUGCAGCCAUCGUCAACAUACCUCGACGCUUUGAGGGAAUAUCCCGGGUGUCAAGAGGAGAUUCGAAAGGCCAUCGCAAGUCCAAGCAAAGAGAGCGAGGAAGCUGCGUGGGCUGCUUUAUGUCCUGCCGUGCUACAGCUGCGGGAGUACUACGAGUUUGCCCAAAGGCUCGAGGAGGCAUUCCCGCGACUGGUAGCGUUCUUAUGUGAUGGAGACGUUAUGCGCAAUUUGGAAGUGCGGCAAGCGACAGCGAAACAGUUGGGGGAUAUUCUGCACUUUGUGUCUCUCUUUGACGAGCUGAAGAUGGGCAAUCCAAAUGUACAGAACGAUUUCUCAUAUUACCGCCGCACAGCAAGUCGGAUGCGAAUGGCCAACCCAUCCCAGCAAAACACCGUGGUUCCCGACGAAUUAGCAAACCGCAUGUCCCUUUUCUACGCCCACGCGAAUCCCAUGUCCAAGGCGAUGGUCGACGCCACCCUGAAGCUUCUUAAGGAGAAUCCAAGGAUCAGCGCGGACUCGACAACAACGCUGCUCUCCAUCAUCUGCGGGGUAUCCUACAACGCCGUCGUCAAGGAGCGCGCGCGGGACGCCAUGAUCCCAUACUGCCUGCGGGUGCUCGUAGUGGCGAUCAUAUUGUACGAUCAUGUGGAUCCUGAAGGGGCUUUCGGCAAAAAUUCGAAAGUCAACAUCCGCGCCUCCGUCAAAGUCAUCCAAUCUCACGGCGGCUCCGGCAGCAACAACCUCCUCAACUCCCUCCGUUACUCCACCCUCCAUCUCAACGACGAAGCCACCCCAAAGUCAAUCAAGCUGAUGCUGGCAACAUAAGGUCGCGACAAGAAGCCCCCUUCCCUUUCCUUCCCACAAAUGGAUCCCCUUGCACAUUUCUUGCAAAAGUCGUACAACUACUACCACCACCCUGCGCUGCCUUUGACCCUUUACCCGCAUGUGUUUUGUUAUCAA